CAAACAGAAGAAAAUAUAAACAGCAAAUCAGUCAAUCCAUCGCUUACCAAGAGAAUUGUCAACGCCCGAGGAUCGAAUUCGCGCCAAUACAGAUGCUCUGUUUUCCUCUGCUUAAUGUUCGUAGCUCAUCUCCUUUAGUUUUACAACGUACACACCCCGGAUUUAAAUCUAAACUCUGCACCUCUUCCCUCCAUUUCUUUCCGAGCUCGUUUUCUUGUCACCUGAGAAAUUUUCUGGCUUCUUCUCUGUCGUUUUCUGCAUCUUUUGCUGCUGCUUCUUUAUCGGCGUCUUCUUCUAAUUCCACUGGAGAUGAUUUCAAUACCGAAUUGGACCGCCUUUUGGCGCUGUUGCCGGAGGAGAUGCGAAGAAAGGUCAGUGAGCACCCGGAGCGUCAUCAGUUGAUUGAGGUGGUCAUGGAUUUCGGUCGAAGACCGUUGGCUAGAUUUCCAACUGGGGAUUUUAUAUUAUCGGAGAAUGCGAUUACUUUGCAGGAUAUUGAAAAUGCUACGUCUCAGGUUGGUGACUUUGCUAUUGACAAUCGAGCAGGCAUCAGCCAGACGUUGCACCGCAUUAGUGUGAUCAGGAAUAGAAAGGGCACAAUUAUUGGUUUAACUUGUCGUGUUGGUCGAGCAAUACUGGGAAGUGCUAGUCUUCUGCAGGAUUUGGUUCAAGAUGGGGCUUCCCUGUUGCUUAUUGGUCCUCCAGGAGUGGGAAAAACAACAAUUAUCAGGUAG